AUGGCGACGGUGCUGCACAUUGGCGUGCUCAACGCCUUGUUGGCGUAUGCAAUUUGGGGUGUGUUUCCCAUCUACUGGAAGCAACUGCAGCACAUUCCGGCCAUCCAGUUGGCGAUGCACCGCAUCGUGUGGUCGCUGUUCAUGCUGCUUCUGUACGUGUUUGGGUCGCAGCAGUGGACCGAGUUUCGAGCCGCGGCGUUCAUAUGGAGAAACCUCCUGACGUACACCGUAUCUGGCGUGUUCAUUGCCGCGAAUUGGCUCAUUUUUGUGUGGGCGGUCAACGAAGGCUAUGUCGUCGAGUCCAGCUUGGGGUACUUUAUCAAUCCGUUGCUGACUGUGGUGUUGGGCGUGGUGUUCUUCAAAGAACGGCUGCGACGCGGUCAACUGGUGGCUAUCGCGGUGGCCACCGGUGGCGUGUUGAUUUUGGCCAUCUCGUACGGCAAGUUCCCGUGGAUAUCGCUCAGCUUGGCGUUGUCAUUUGCCGGCUACGGGUUUGUAAAGAAGCGAGCGCCACUCACGUCCAUGCAAGGGUUGACUAUGGAAACUGCGAUAUUGUUUCUGCCGGCGCUCGUGUACCUAGUUGUCGUAGAGGGUUGCGGCGACGGCGCGUUCCUGCAUGUGGACACGACAUCGAACGUGCUCAUGGUAGGCGGCGGCAUCGUGACUGUGAUUCCGCUGCUCUUGUUUUCGUCCGCGGCCAAGGAAAUCCCACUCACGACACUGGGCUUGUUGCAGUACACCACCCCCAUCCUCCAGUUUUUGUGCGGAGUUGUCCUGUACAAGGAAGCGUUUUCUACGUCUAAACUGAUCGGGUUUAUCGUUGUGUGGGUGGCCCUAACCAUUUUCACAGUCGACAUGGUACACGAUUUGCGAAAAAAAACGUCGGACGAAGACGUCGUGGUGGUGGACGCAGUGGACUUGCAAGGCAUUGAAUCGUCUUCGUUUCAACUGGUUGAACAUAGUCCAUCCAAGAACGAACCAAGCAGCGUGGGCGCUGAUCUGUCAAAAGACUAGAUAUGGUGCAUUUCAACUAAAGACUACAAAAAAAUGCCUUGUCUUUCGACAGCUAUUCCAACUUUGUAUUGAUAUUUUUUAGGAAAAUAAGUAAUAACGAUAGAACUGGUCAAGACCAACAGAAGUUACGGUUCAAAAUUUCGAUUGGUGAAAAAUUGAUCGAGUAACUGUUAAUAGAAUUUAAACCAACCAGCCUUUUUGUAAGGAAA